AUGGCUGAGGAACCGACUCUACCUCGUCUACCAUCCCCUCUGGCGUCCGCCAGCAGGGGUAAACGUACUUUUGGCGGCGGGGUCUCGUCCCCAGAGCUAUCGACAUCGAGUGACCCCGCUUUUUUCUCCAGUGAUGACGACCCGGCUCUCGAUAACUACCAGGGCCAGGGCCGUCGCAAGAGAAGAUAUGUCGGCGCUUGGUUCGACCAGCAUCCAGCAUCUUCGGAUUCGGGUGUGGACGACGAGACCCGUGCGACACACGUCUCACGUCGAAACAAGGCUCGCCCCCGCCCCAAAAAGCGGGAGUUUAGGAGACAGCUCGACAGUGGUGUAUGGAUGGGCACGGAUGGAGCUCUGACCGACACAGACGAUGGUGUCGAUCUGGAACCUGUUCCCGCAAGGCUACCUCUGGUUCCACGGCAGGCUCCGGCUCCAGGGCCCCUGGCUCCAGCUCGCCCACGGUUGUCUGUUGCAGAGGAGGCUGUCCAGAAUACGGUUCUGAGAUGCCUUGACAAUGGCAACGAACUUGUCGACCUCAGUGGAUUACAACUGGAGAAAAUAUCCGACGGCCUGAUCGAGCCAAUAUCGAAUAUCUGCCCGAUCCCUAAUGUUGCAAAGGAUGUUGCUUUCGAGCAAAGAGACCCGCAGAUUAAGAUCUUCCUUUCCAACAAUCGGCUCCGGACGUUACCCCUGGCAUUGCUCAAUAUUGAACAUUUGACAGUGCUUAGUCUGCGGGCAAACCAGCUCACCAAGCUUCCACCGGGUAUCGCAAAGCUUAGAAAUCUCCGCACUCUCAAUAUCGCUCAGAAUGCGCUCCGUUUUCUCCCAGCGGAGCUCCUCGGACUCCUCCAAAAAGGCAGCAAGCUUACAGAGAUGCAAUUCCAGCCAAACCCCUUCUGGGUUCCGGGCCCAGCUCCGCCACAGAAUAUUGGUGGAGAAGAGUACCUGAAACGCACCUUUGGCCCCCAGCCUGACGUCGGAUUCGAAGCCAGCUGGGCGGGCCUCACCACCAAGCUGCACUCACGAACUCCGGUCCAAUUCACCGACGACACUUGCGAGCUACGGUCCAGCUUCGUCUUGCCGGUUCAGACGCGUUCCUUUCGCGCAGCUAUUGAGCUAGAACCCUUCCAAGAGCUCGCUACGCCAACGGGAUUCAAGACGCACGCCAGCGCCGAAACGAAUAGAGCGGUGCGCCCGAGAGGCGCCAAGUCCCUGCUUGAAUUAACCCUCCGCGCGUGUGCCGCGUCGGGACAGGCUGAAGAAAUAGCUUCGUGGCUCAGGGAGGAGAGCUGGCCGGCGCACCUUGCCACUUUUGUCGAGAAAGCAAACGAAUUCCACCAGAGUGGUGGCGGCAGGUGUUCGGUUUGUGGAAGGGAUAUGGUGGUGCCGAUGACAAGCUGGAUCGAGUUUCGGCAGAUUGGACGGACGACGGUGACGAAGAACGGUGACGGGGGUGAAGUGUGCAGGUUCAUGGGUCUGGUGGGUGAGAGCGAGGGGCCGGUGCCCUUUAUGAGGAGCUUGCUUCCCAAAGCUUUGAUCGAGCAUCCAGCGAACAAGAUCUCCACCCAGCACAGCGGCUACGACGGGAAUCCGACCACAGCCGCUUACCACCCGUACCCAAUGGACAUCUAG